UUUAAAAGUUUUGUGCUCACCCCACCCCCCGCCUUUUUCUUCCCCCAGUACUGAAAUUAAGCAGCAUCCAACACAGGCCUACUCUUACGACAUGUGACUUUACUGUUUUCCGUUUUUGUUGAAAGAGUCAUUAACAGUUAGGAGUUGAUGGCAGUUUCAAUAACAGGUCAUUGCCGAGAAAAGGAUAGCACUAUAAUAUGCAGAAAUCUACGAAUUCUGAUACUUCCGUGGAAACACUGAAUUCUACCCGCCAAGGCACAGGAGCUGUGCAAAUGAGAAUCAAAAAUGCCAACAGCCACCAUGACAGGCUCAGCCAAAGUAAAUCCAUGAUCCUCACCGAUGUCGGGAAGGUCACUGAACCUAUAUCCAGACACAGAAGGAAUCAUUCACAGCAUAUCUUGAAAGAUGUCAUUCCUCCAUUGGAACAACUGAUGGUUGAAAAAGAAGGUUAUCUGCAAAAAGCUAAAAUUGCAGAUGGAGGAAAGAAACUAAGGAAAAACUGGUCUACUUCCUGGAUUGUUCUUUCUAGUCGAAAAAUUGAAUUUUACAAAGAAUCCAAGCAACAGGCUCUGUCCAAUAUGAAAACUGGGCACAAACCAGAAAGUGUGGAUUUGUGUGGAGCACACAUUGAAUGGGCCAAGGAAAAAUCGAGCAGAAAGAAUGUCUUUCAGAUCACAACAGUAUCAGGAAAUGAGUUCCUUCUACAGUCAGAUAUUGACUUCAUCAUAUUGGAUUGGUUCCACGCUAUCAAAAAUGCAAUUGACAGAUUGCCGAAGGAUUCAAGUUGUCCAUCAAGAAACCUGGAAUUAUUCAAAAUCCAAAGAUCCUCUAGCACUGAAUUGCUAAGUCACUACGACAGUGAUAUAAAAGAACAGAAACCAGAGCACAGAAAAUCUUUAAUGUUCAGACUGCAUCACAGUGCUUCCGAUACAAGCGACAAAAAUCGAGUUAAAAGCAGAUUAAAGAAGUUUAUUACCCGAAGACCUUCCCUGAAAACUCUGCAAGAAAAAGGACUUAUUAAAGAUCAAAUUUUUGGCUCUCAUCUGCACAAAGUGUGUGAACGUGAAAAUUCCACAGUUCCGUGGUUUGUAAAGCAAUGCAUUGAAGCUGUUGAGAAAAGAGGUCUAGAUGUUGAUGGAAUAUAUCGAGUUAGUGGCAAUCUGGCAACAAUACAGAAGUUAAGAUUUAUUGUCAACCAAGAAGAGAAGCUGAAUUUGGACGACAGCCAGUGGGAGGACAUCCACGUUGUCACCGGAGCACUGAAGAUGUUUUUCCGGGAGCUGCCUGAGCCGCUCUUCCCUUACAGUUUCUUUGAGCAGUUUGUGGAAGCGAUCAAAAAGCAAGACAACACCACAAGAAUUGAAGCUGUAAAAUCUCUUGUACAAAAACUCCCUCCGCCAAAUCGUGACACCAUGAAAGUCCUCUUUGGACAUCUAACUAACACUUUCAGCGGUUGAGGAGGGAGGAUCGCUUGAGCUCAGGAAUUCCAGAUCAGCCUGGGCAACACAGUGAGAACUCAUCUCUACAAAACAUUAAAAAAUUAGCCAGACAUUGUGGCAUGCAUCUGUAGUCCCAACUACUCAAGUGGCUGAGACAGGAAGAUCACUUGAGCCCAGGAGUUCGGAGGCUACAGUGACCUAUGAUUUUGCCGAUGCACUCUAGGCAACAAAGCAAGAUCGUGUCAAAAAACAAAAACAAAACAAAACGAAACCUGUCGACAUUAGGAAAAUCACUGAAGGAUCUGAAGUGAAGAGGUAAGGUAAUGAAAUUUGUAUUCAUAAAGACCACAGUUUUUAUAAGAGUGAAGGACAGCUUGUAGAAGGGCAACACCAGAAGUAGGGAAAACAGUAGAAUGCUGGUAUAGUAGUCCAAGCUAGAGAUCCCCAGCUAAGGGAGUGAUAGGGAGAAUGGGGGGGAGUGAUAGGGAGAAUGGGGGAAAGUGAUGGAUACAAGAGGCAUUGAAGCGGUAGAUGCAACGGAACAUGUGCACCAAGUACAUGCGAGAGGUUAGGAAGACGAAGGAUUCCAGGAUGGCACCCAGAUUUUGAAUUAGCUGAAUGGUGAUAUCCUUAACUUACAUUUCACAUAGGAAAAGGACCAAACUGGAGGCAUGAAAAAAGCAGAAAUUUUGUUAACAUAAUGUGACUUGCUCAUUGUUAUAUUCUAUUAGCAAAAUCCAGUCAAGGAUAAGAUAUAUAUGUUGGGAAUGCAAGAAAGGUGAUUGAGAUCUAGGGACAAAUUUUGGAGUUGUUGGUUUAAAGAUGGCAAUGGGGUAAGGUCAUGAAUGCCUCCAAGGGACCAUGUGAACCCAGAAGAGAGUCAAGGGUGAACCCAGAAGAGAGUCAAGGACAGAUUCCUAGAGACUUCUAACAUUGAAUGGGUGGUCAGAGAAAGAGAUACCAGAAAAGGAGUCUGAGAAUGGCACGUAUAUUGAUAGAAAAAACAUUUGGCAAGAGCAAAGGUAUAUUUUGUGAUGAAAACUACUCAUUACACAAGGAACACCUAGAAUAACCUCAGCUUAACAGGACACUGGGCAGAAUUUAUAACAAUGACCAGUUACUGUUCUUACCUUCACCCUUCAGCUUUAAAAAAAAAAAAAAAAACACAGGAAUAAAUAUAAUCUAGCAAAGAAAAAAAUGAUAUUCUAUAGCAUAGCCAGGUCCUGAAAAUAUAAAGAACUAACCUGGCUUCUUCUGCUCUUAGAGCACUGGCUCCAGAAGGGCAGAAAUUUGUGUCAUUUUGAUUCCUGCUAUAUCCCCUAGCACCGUGUCCUACAUAGAUACUCAAUAAUUUUUGUUGAACAAAUGGAAUCGCAUUACUUCAUUGAACAAGAUGAUAAUCUAAUAGCCAGUGAGUGGUUCCAGGUAAAAUCAACUACAUAAGCCUAGUGUAUUAGUCCAUUUUCAUGCUUCUGAUAAAGACAUACCCAAGACUGGGAAGAAAAAGAAGUUUAAUUGGACUUACAGUUCCACGUGGCUGAGGUGGAGAGACCUCAGAAUCAUGGCGGGAGGCAAAAGACACUUCUUAUAUGGUGGCAGCAAGAGAAAACAAAGAAGAAGCAAAAAUGGAAACCCCUGACAAACCUGUCAGAUCUUGUGAGACUUAUUCACUAUCACAAGAAUAGCACGGGAAUGACCAGCCCCCAUGAUCCAAUGACCUCCCGCUGGGUCCCCCCCAUAGCACGUGGAAAUUCUCAGAGAUACAAUUAAAGUUGAGUUUUGGGUAAGAACACAGCCAAACAUAUCAUUCCAUCCCUGACCCUCCAAAUCUCAUGUCCUCAUAUAUCAAAACCAAUCAUGCCUUCCCAACAGUCCCCCAAAGUCUUAACUCAUUCCAGCCUUAACCCAAAAGUCCACAGUCCAAAUUCUCAUCUGAGACAAGGCACGUCACUUCUGCCUAUGAGCCUAUAAAAUCAAAAGCAAGCUAAUUACUUCCUAGAUACAAAGAGGGUACAGGUAUUGAGUAAAUAGAGCCAUUCCAAGUGGGAGAAAUCAGCCAAAACAAAGGGGUUACAGGCCCCCAUGCAAGUCCAAAAUCCAGUGGGGCAGUCAAAUUUUAAAGCUCCAAAAUGAUCUCCUUUGACUCCAGGUCUCACAUUCAGGUCAUGCUGAUACAAGAGGUGGGUUCCCAUGGUCUUAGGCAGCUCUGCCCCUGUGGCUUUGCAGGGUACAGCCUCCAUCCUGGCUUUCAUAGGCUGGCAUCGAGUGUCUGCAGCUUUUCUAGACAGACAGUGUAAGCUGUUGGUGGAUCUACCAUUCUGGGGUCUGGAGGAUGGUGGCCCUCUUUUCUCAUAGCUCUACUAGGCAGUGCCCCAGAAGGGACUCUGUGUGGGGACUCUGACCCCACAUUUCCCUUCCGCAAUGCCCUAACAGAAGUUCUCCAUGAGGACCCUGCCCCUGCAGCAAACUUUUGCCUAGGCAUCCAGGUGUUUCUAUACAUCUUAAAUCUAGGCAGAGGUUCCCAAACCUCAAUUCAUGACUUCUGUGCACCCACAGGCUCAACACCACAUAGCUGCCAAGGCUUGGGGCUUCCACCCUCUGAAGCCACAGCCCAAACUCUACGUUGGCCCCUUUCAGCCAUGGCUGGAGUGGCUGGGAUGCAGGGUACCACAUCCCUAGGCUGCACACAGCACAGGAACCCUGGGCCCAGCCCAUAAAACCACUGUUUCCUCCUGGGCCUCUGGGCCUGUGAUGGGAGGGGCUGCCAUGAAGGUCUCUGACAUGGCCUGGAGACAUUUUUCCCAUGGUCUUGGGGAUUAACAUUAAACUCCUUGCUACUUAUGCAAAUUUCUGCAGCUGGCUUGAAUUUCUCCCCAGAAAAUGGGUUUUUCUUUUCUACUCAUUAUCAGGCUGCAAAUUUUCUGAACUUUUAUGCUCUGUUUCCCUUCUAAAACAGAAUGCUUUUACAGCACCUAAGUCACCUUUUGAAUGCUUUGCUGCUUAAGAAUUUCUUCCACCAGAUACCCUAAAUCAUCUCUCUCAAGUUUUAAAGUUUCACAGAUCUCUAGGGCAGGGGCAGAAUGCCACCAGUCUCUUUGCCAAAACAUAACAAGAAUCACCUUUGCUCCAGUUCCCAAGUUCCUCAUCUCCAUCUGAGACCACCUCAGCCUGUACCUUAUUGUUCAUAUCACUAUCAGCAUUUUUCUCGAAGCCAUUCAACAAGUCUUUAGGAGGUUCCAAACUUUCCCACAUUUUCCUGUCUUCUUCUGAGCCCUCCAAACUGCUCCAACCUCUGCCUGUUACCCAGUUCCAAAGUCACAUCCACAUUUUUGGAUAUCUUUUCAGCAACGCCCCACUCUAUUAGUACCAAUUUACUGUAUCAGUCCAUUUUCAAGCUGCUGAUAAAGACAUACUCAAGACUGGGGAAAAAAAGAGGUUUAAUUGGACUUACAGUUCCACAUGGCUGGGGAGGCCUCAGAAUCAUGGCAGGAGGUAAAAGGCACUUCUUACAUUGUGGAGGCAAGAGAAAAUGAGGAAGAUGCAAACACAGAAACCCCUGAUAAACCCAUCAGAUCUUGUGAGACUUAUUCACUGUCACGAGAAUAGCAUGGGAAAGACCAGCCCCUAUGAUUCAAUUACCUCCCCCUGGGUUCCUCCCACAAGAUAUGGGAAUUCUGGGAGAUACAACUAAAGUUGAGAUUUCGGUAGGAACACAGCCAAACCAUAUCACCUGGAAUCUUAGAAACUUGAUAUUUUCAGACUAGUACUAGGAAAUAUUCCAUCUUAAGGGUAUUGGUAAGCAAGUUCUUCCUCUCAAGUUUAUCUCCCCUCACCUGAUAUUUUUCUUCUCAUCCUGACAAACAAGCAGAGCUCUUCUGAUUGUAAAAAUAAUAAUACUUUUAAUGGGGCUGUUUGUUUUUCUUGUAAAUUCGUUUAAGAACCUUAUAGAUGCUGGAUAUUAGACCUUUGUCAGAUGCAGAGAUUGCAAAAACUUUCUCCCAUUCUGUAGGUUUUCUGUCCACUCUGAUGAUAGAUUCUUUUGCUGUGCAGAAGUUCUUUAGUUCAAUCAGAUCCAAUUUAUCAAUUUUUGCUUUUGUUGCCAUUGCUUUUGGCAUCUUCAUCAUGAAAUCUUUACCCGUGCCUAUGUUCUGAAUGGUAUUGCCUAAAUUUUCUUCUAUGGUUUUUAUAGUGUGGGGUUUUACAUUUAAGUCUUUAAUCCAUCUUGAGUUUAUUUUUAAAUAUGGUAUAAAGAAGGGGUCCAGUUUCAAUUUUCUGCAUAUGGCUAGCUAGCACUAUUUAUUAAAUAGGGAAUCCUUUCAACACACAUUGGGGCCUGUUGGAAGGUGGUGGGGGGGUGAGAUGGUGGAUGGGAGGAAGGAGAGCAUCAGGAAGAAUAGCUAAUGGCUGUUGGGCUUAAUACAUAGGUGAUAGGAAGAUCUGUGCAGCAAACCACCAUGGCACACGUUUAACUAUGUAACAAACCGGCACAUCCUGCAUAGUUACUCCUGAACUUAAAGGCUGGAAAAAAGAGAUACUCUUAAUAUUAAGACUGCAUGUUAAAAGGGUGCAAGCACUACAAUGAAUGAGUUCUAAAAGAGGCUGGCCACACCAAGGGAGACUCAGUCAGGGAAUCUGUGACCACCCAUCAGUGAUGGGUGGAGCCUAUUAGAUCAAUUACUGCAGUACAUAGUAAGAUUGCCAGUUCUUCUGGUUUCUUAUCUGGGAUUAGUAGCAGAUCUUGAAAUACAAAAAUUUAUUUCUACAUCUUCUGUCAUAAUUCUCACUACUAAAUAACUUCUACCACUUCUAGCUCCUAUCAGGUCAACCCCAACUUCCUUGUCUAUCGUUUGAGAUCCAAUAUUGCCAUACUACCUUGAAUUAUUUAGCAUCAGCUGAAGAAAAAAAAAUCACCUUGAUUUAAAAAGCUUGCCCUCUGCUUUUAAGUGUAUAAAGAAAUUUGGUUCCUUUGUUUUAUGGAGCAAACUUCAAAGUGGAAGGGAGAAAAAAAUCAAGCAGACCUCAAGUCACCUGAUUUCCAGUCCACUAAACCACACUCUGCUUUCUUGCCAAUACCAAUACUCGAUUGUGUUUCCAGGGAAGAAGGAAUGGUAAAACAAAGAGUGAGAAAGCUGAGCCAACUGUGAUAGAGGCACAGGCCAAUCCCUCAGACUCCUUUUUUCUAAUUGAACACCAGAUAUAAUCCCAGCCCUUUAAAUAAAAUUACCUAAUUAAUCCUAAUUAAUUAGUGAGCCCUUAUACUUAUAGAAGGGGUUUUCUUAGUGUUUGUCUUCUCACCCUCCCCACUUCCCAGCCUCUACUACAUUUCUUUCCAUCUAAAAAGAAAAGUUUCAUUUUUAGGGGUCCUUUUUAAAAACAAUUUCCAUGUCAACACUUAUUAAUGCUUGUGUGUGUGUGUGCAUGCAUGCCUGCAUAUAUACACUUAGAGCACGUUUUUUUAGAAGGCAGUAAUGGUGCUGCCUUUUAUCACCUUCUUUCUCCUCUUUAAAUGGAAAGCACUGAACCCAGAUGCCCAACCACGGAAGAUAUUCUUCCAGAAGCAGCAUCUGGCUUCCUGGCAAGCCCUUCAGGCAAGUUGUUUGGGGAGCAUUGCUGUUGUCUCUCGGUCUGUCACGUGUAUCGGAUACCGUGGCCUCUCUGGCUGGCAUGUCCCGGUAGCUGCCAAUUCCUUUCAGUUCACCUUUAAUUCUGAGAAACUAGUUUCCUCAUUUUCAUUUCUUACUGGACUUAUUUUUCUCCCCACUGCCCAUAGGAAUUCCAGGACAAACCUAAGUCCUCACUGCUUUCUGCCUGUCAAGCUCCUUUCCAGACCUCCGUCUUUUGAACCCAAAUGAAAACCUCAGCCAUUUACUCCUACAUUAAAAUAGGUUAUUUUAAAUAAUAUUUCUUAGCCACUUCUUGUCAGCAAAGCUCCUUGUAAACUGUGGAGUUGUUCCCUGAAAAGAAAAACAAAACAUUCCAUCCGAGUCAUUUAUUCUGGUCUGUACACAAGACAUGAAAGUGUUCUUGACAUUUGCGUAUUAUUUAGUUAAAUCGUAUUGGCUCCCUACAUCCUUGUCACACCAUGAACAAAAGAGCAUCACGGGGCUGGGAAAGACGAGACCAUGCUGCAGUUAGUCAAGGCUGUGCAGCCUUUACACAUAGCACCCGCUCCAGGAAACUGCAUUUCUUAAAGUGGCUUUUUUUUUUUUUUUUUACCUGUUAAUAUAUAUUUUUUAAUUGUGAAGGAUCUUCUGGGGUUUUUUAUGGAUAAUUGUUAAGAACACAGAGUCCGAUGGUAGCCCACGCAACAGGAAGCCGUGACAAGGUGCUGACAAGUCCGGCAGCAGUACCCAGAAUGCAGAGGAGAAAGCAGAAAUUAGAGCUGCAGGGUGACAUCCAGGAAUACUUAACACAGGGUAUCUGCAAAUUUUCAUGUCGUUGGGGGUUUUUUUUCUCAUGCAAGAAAAAAGUACAUAUUAUAUAUGAGAUUUCAGUUCUCAAGACUGUAAUGUCUAGGCUGAGAAAAGGCUGAAGUUGAGCAAUGGACAGGAGGAAAUCUCAGCCAUAAAUAAUAUUUUGUCUGUAGCUAGUAGCAGACUCAACCCACACUUGACUUUGAAGCAGUACAUAACUAGAACCCUAGGCUUCACUUGAAUGAGAGUCCCUAGGGGGCAAAGAAAGGAGGUUAGGGGCUGUCUUGGUCAGGCCAUUGGGAAAAAUCUUUUUUGGAAGUAGCUACAAAACAGUAGAGCUCAAAUUUAAGGUUAGCAUUUUUGAGCCUAUUAUGUUUCUGCCUCAAUGACAUUUUUUGGUCUGUAAUUUUUCCCCAGCUCCAUUCAUUAAUAUGUAAAAAGAAAGUUUAAAAAUACAUGCCAAACUCACAAGUUUUACACUACAUUAUUGCCCUUGGUAUAGAGGUUCCUGUAUCUUAUUUCUGGUCAUUUCUUCUCCUCUUCUAUAUCCUACCCAUAUUCUUUUUAACUAAACUGUUUCCUCAUACAUUUUCCCACUGUUCUCUACCUUUCCUCCCAAUUUUCAUCAUCCUCUGCAGAUUCUUUCUCUUGUCUGUACUCUGAAAACUCACUUCACAUUCAAAACAUUGUUGCCUACAUCAUCUGUCCACCCAUUUAUUCAUGAAACAAAUACAGGUUGAGUACUUACUGUGUGGUAGAUGCUGAGCUGGAAAUGAAGACACUUUUACCAGGAAAGCAAUAAAGCUCUAGGAUCUGGAAGCUUCCCUUCCCAUGUCUGGGAGUGUUCACAUCCCUCAAUCUCAUUCUUAAUCCCCAUUUUCUGGCUCUAUAUCCUUCCUCUUCUAACAGGAAUUUGUAAACCAGCCUAUUUUUAACAGGCAUUAAGUCAGUCCUUCCACUGGACUAAGUAAACCCCUUCUCUUCUUUCUCAUUUCAAAGAGACAAGUAGAACACAUUGGGACAGAACCACUGUAAGGAGUGGUCAAGACAUAGGUUGGUUCUCUGGCACUGAAAACACCUCUUUUCCUGCUCUCCAUGAACUGAUGGUCAAUAGACGCCUCUUCAUAGUCUUCCCUAUAUCAAUUUUGUACAUUCAUUUCUUUACUUCAUUUAUUGAUUUUCAUUUACCUCCCAUAGACUUUGUGAUACGAAAAGAUAAAGAAAUCACUCCAAAUGAACUUUUGUCUAAUUAAUCUGUGUAUCUGUUGUUGGGCAUUAAAACAGAUUAAAUUUGCUUACAUAGUGAAAAGGCAUGUAAAGUGAUAUGUUAUCUAAAUCAGAAUUUUUUUCCAUUUGGACACUUCAUAGCAAUCAUUUCACAUCUCAGAAAGAUUCCAUUCUCAAACACAUCUCUUCUUUGAUAACAGCACAACUCUGCCCUCGCAACUCUGCCCUCUUGGCUUCCUGCUCACCCAUCUUUUCCACUUUUCUUUCAUUUCCAACUGCCAUUCCAGAGCCACGUACUUCCCCUGGUGCUAACUUUCAAGUCAACAGAAAGGAAUUCCAUUCUCUCUCCUGGUGCCACAUUUCCUAUUUAGGGCCAAAUAUUCCCCACAGAGAUAUUGAGGCAUUUUACUGCUAGUUUACAUGUCCUACUAUAUUUUUCUAACUAGUGGGAAAAAAGAAAUAAAUGCAUGCCCUGCCCUCUCUGACCUCAUCUUCCUUUCAUAUCACAUUUAAAAUAACCAAUUCCUGGAGUGGCAAGCUCUUAAAGCAAUUCAUACUUCCCUGGCAAUCACAGAAAUGUACCCUUCAUCUUGGCAGAGGAAGGCCUAUUUCUUCCACCUGUUGUCACAUUCUUUUUAUUCUCUGCAUGGGUUUCCCACACAUACACCCUAUAAUAAGUUAGAUAAGGUUAGAAGCAGGUGGCUACAUAGAGAAUCAAAAGAAAUGUUCAUUGUCAUGUACUAGAAAUUUCUGAUCCCAAAGCACUUUUUUUUCCAAGAAAUGGUAAUAUAUAGAAAAUUGGCCUGCAGUUAGUUGUAUGUAGGAUUGUAGAUACUGGGGAGAGUGGGGGCGGGGAAGGUGAUGACCAGAGAGAGCGUUUUGUUCAUCAUGAAUGCAGCUACCUGAAAAACACUAGCUAAUUAGCAGUCUGUAGCCACACAACACAGCAGUUUAGUAUAAGAAGUGAACAAUACUUUACCUAAUUGAAACUACAGAGCAGACUUAGGUAGGCUGAAUGUAAUUACACAGAUUGGAAGUCAGCCAGGACGCCGAGGUUAACAAUCCCUUCACUCACAAAAAGCACCACGGGAACUUUAAUGACCACAAGUGGUAAGGGCCGCUAUCCUGCAGCCCAACGAAAGGCCUCACCUCUCGCAACCGAGACUCCAUCAGAAGAGCCUAAUGGCGUCAACUAAUUGCUAGAAAAAAAGACUGCCCUCUAUCGACGCAGAUGCACCUGUGCUGUGUGAUUCAUUCACCAAGCACAGUAAACACUUUGAAGUACUAGGGCGAAGGGGGAUUCGAAUGAAUGAGGGCAUCGAGGGGGUCAAGUGGUGGACAAUGGGAACUGUGAAGUCUCCUCUGCCUGCCGGUCCUGUGGCCAGCACUUCUGCUGCACUAGCUUCCCUAAAAGAGGCACACGACUUCCCAAACUUCAGUGUGCUCACAAACCAAAUUACCUAGCAAUCUUGUUAAAAAAUGCAGAUUCUGGGUCGGGCACGGUGGCUCACGCCUGUAAUCCCAGCACUUUGGGAGGCCGAGGCGGGUGGAUCACAAGGUCAGGAGAUCAAGACCAUCCUGGCUAACACGGUGAAACCCCAUCUGUACUAAACAUAC